AUGACGGCCACUUACAAGCAGUUCCUGGCUGCGCCCAGCUCGUCGCUGCUGGCCGACACGGCUGCGCUGUACUAUGUGACCACCACAACCACUUUUUCUGGUCCGACCCAGAUCAUUAAGCAUCUCAAUGGCCUUCAGAAGGUUGUCGCUAAGAAGAAGGAGGAUGUCUUUAACGUUGUGGACGGCGGAAACGUUGCCGUCUUCGAGAUCGACACCGGCUUGGGCUUCCAGACUGGUGGCGGCCCUUAUCUUCCAGGCCUCGAUGACAACUUUCUCUCUGCCCGAGACGUCUACCUCCCCAUUACUCACUUUGUGACAUUUGACGAGGCGGGCAAGAUUUCGCAGAUCCGAGUCCAAUGGGACCAGGGCUCACUUCUGAAGCAAGUCGAGGUCAUCGGCAAGUCUGGUCGCAACUGGCCCAUUAGGGACAGCCGGGAGCAGAUCACCUACAUCCGAUCAGCCAUCAAGUCUGCCGGCACCGCACCUCCCGCUCCUCUCAGCCACAACGAAUCCAUUGCCCGAACUCGAGGCAACACUGGCAAUGCCUUCCGAGACCCCCAUGCCUCCCUGCAACUGUUUGGCUCUCGCGAGGAGAUUGAAACUGAACCCGUUGCUGUUGUAUCGCCCUACGCCGGCACUCGGCCCCGACAGCGAUCCUUCACUGAGAUUCUAGGUCACGAGCCUGAUUCACCGAGCCAGCAAAUGUCGCCCUCCAAGGCUGGCCAGGGUAAGAACUUCCAGCCUAUGCGCCUCUUCGAUGGUUAUGAGCAUACCGACGUGCCAGAUCAGCCCCUGCAGCAGAACAAACGCUAUAUUCGCCCCAACCCCAACAAGUAUUCUCACUUUGACUUUGCCGAUGGCAGCGACCCGCAGGAUGCUCCUCAGAAAGGUGUUUCGAUUGACGAGAAGCCAAAGUCGAAGCACGAUAGUCAAUGGUCCUUUGAGGAUUUCGUCACCCCCCAGAAGGUGAAGCCCUCCCGGGGUAUGCGAACUAAUGAUGUUGGUCACUGGGGCGCGGAUGAGAACACAGCAGACAAGACCACUGCGCAACCGGCUGCCCUGGGCAAUAUCACCAACGUCAACCGCGGAAAGGACUUUGACCACCAGUUUGACAUCGCCGACCAAUCUCCAGCCCAGAAGGAGAACAAGCCCGUUCAAGAGCCCACAAACGACUCUCGAAUUCGCACUGCAGGCGACGGAAUGGGAGGUCGAAGAGGCACAAACCGGGACUGGCUCUAUGGUGAGACUGAGGAAGUCGCCCAGUCUAUCCCUGCUCGACAGGCCAAUGUCCCUGCUGCUGGCGUUCCACUCAACAAGAGCAGCAAGAUCACCACUGCCGGUGACGGCAUGGGCAGUAGGAAAGGAACUGAGCGCGAUUGGCUUUACAACGAGACCCAGGAGGAAUCGUCCCAGUCUGUGCCUGGGCGAAAGCUAGGAGCCAGCGGUGUCCCCAGUGAGACCAAGGAUAGCAAGAUCGCUAUUGCUGGUGACGGCAUGGGCGGCAGGAAGGGAACAAACCGUGACUGGUUGUACGGCGACCUGACCGAACAGCCUCUCCCUGUUCGAAAGCAACCUGCAAGACCGGCCAAGAGUGACUUCUGGGACUUUUAA